CCAAGAUCAAGCUUCUAAUGGCGUUCACGGUCUCCUCGGCGCAUGCGAGCGUUUACAUUAAAUUUUUUAAAGUAGAGGCCCCACUGCUUAUCGAUAAGCGGAUAUAUACUAAAUAUUUGUAUAUUUAAAUGCCUUACCAUCAUUUUCGUAUUCACGUUACUUAAGGUUAUAAUAUAGAACACAAGAUAUAUAUCGGCCUCUAGACCUUCGAUGUUUGGAUACAUCAUAUGUUGACUCUCAGUCUCCGGAGUUCGCUGUGGGAAUUGAACCCCAGUGCGCGUGUACCUGGCGGAUUAUUGACCAGAUUUUGCAGUGUACUUCCAUUCCAGGACACAAUGUCGGAGUUUGCGCUCGGAAAAGAUGACCCGUGUCCCCCACGCAAGCCCGGGGUGCUGAGACUGUACAGUAUGCGCUUCUGUCCGUACGCGCAGAGAACCCGUCUGCUACUAGAGCACCGAAAGAUACCAUUCGAGGUGGUCAAUGUGAACUUGAAGCGCAAGCCCGAAUGGUUGUUUGCUAUGAACCCUAUCGGACAGGUUCCGGUGCUCGAGUGGGAUGACGGGGUUCUGCACGAGUCCGCCACGUGCAACGACUUUCUUGACGAGGCGUUCCCUGGCGAGAAACUCAACCCCGCAGAUCCGUACAGGCGUGCGCGAGACAGGCAGCUGUGGGAGUCCAUGAACAAGUUGAUCAGCUCGUUCUACGACGUAGCUGGAACGGCUGGACAAGACAAGAAGGUCUUAGAAAGACUCAUGCGAGCGUUCACAAGAUAUGACCGGGAGCUUAGUUCAAGAGGCGACGAACCUUUCUUCGGAGGAUCAAAAGUGUGCAUGGCAGACUUUAUGUUGUGGCCAUGGUUCGAACGAUUACCGGUUGUGAACAGAAUCGUUCCAGAAACAGCAAUAACUCCCGCUAACUUCCCGCAUCUCAAUCGUUGGAUAGAAUACAUGUUUAAGCUUCCGGCAGUGCAGAAUACCAUGUUCGACGUUGACGCACAUGCUCACUUUCUGAAGACUUUGCGAAUCGACAAUAACCCCGAUUACGACUAUGGUCUUGUACGACCUUCCAAACUGUGAAAUGGUCUUGUACGACCAUCUACAAUGUAACUUUGGUCUUGUACGACCAUCCAAAAUGUAACUUUGGUCUUGUACAACCAUCCAAAAUGUAACUAUGGAGAUGACUUGUUGAUACGAACGCGUGUGUGUAUGUACGGGUAUGCUGUGAUUUCCUCAUGGAACAUUUACAUUAUUAUAUGCAUCCUACAACGGAUGUUGUGGAAGCUCCGAUUUCUGUACAUGCAUGGUAACUUUUGUCAUACAAAUGCGUCAUUCGUAGUUUAGAACAGCCAUUUUAGCUGACUUACUGAUAUAAAUGAUGUAUAACACAACACAGUCUGAUUUCGUUGGCAUAUUGUCGAACUGCUUUACUGGACUUGGCUGUAACGCUUUAAAUUAGCUUGGAUUGGUCGACAUAUAAUCAUGGAUUGUAUAGAUACAGUAAGUGUUUUAAUCUACUAUACAGGAAUAAAAUAAAACGCGAGUGUAGCAGUAAA